AUGGGGACUUUGGAUGGAGUGCCAGAGGCCUACACACGGGCGCGGCAACAGCAGGCCCAACAAAAUCCAUCUAACCCAUGCAAUGAAACCUGGGCCUAUGUCGGCAGACAAGAACGAACCUGGUACCCGCCUGAGGCUGCUUACGAUGGCAGCGGCUACUCGACUUCCAAGGCUUACCAUGGCCCUCCCGACUUGACGCCACACGCUGCCCAACCCGACUAUCAUGCGUCUGAAGGUUUCUCCACCGGAUAUCCCGCGUCUGCUCUGCUCCACGCGCCUAGUUCUCAGGCUCCUCAAUCUCACCAACACCGGGAUGUUGGGGUGCCUGUAAAUGCCCCCUCAGUCUGGCACGCUCAUGCCACGCCGGCGCCGGCGCCACAGCCGAGGCAUUUCACCAAUGCGUCCGCCAUACAUCCAAUCCCUCAGCAACCUGCGCAGCGCACUACUUACGAGACACAGCCAAACCCCUACUCAUGA